GCGAGGGCGAGUCGGUGCUCCGCCGAGCUCGCUCUGGCCUUGUUCGCCCGCCCAGGCGGGUGGCCACGGCCUGGAGGAUGAGGCGGCGCGGAGGAGCCCCAGCCGGGCCUCGCUGUGAUACGUGAGAAGAUGCCGGCUACAACUUUUUGGGACGAUCUGCCUGCAGAGCACAGGCCUGUUCUGUUUUAAAAAAAUAAUAAUAAUUGCAACAGCACGUACUGUGAUGGACUCUCAGAAUACUGCUAUGUUAGGGCUGGGUUCUGGUUCUGAAGGGUUUUCUGGGAAAAGCCCCUCUGCGGUUGCCACGGGCGCGGCUGGAGGCAGGAGAGAGGCAGAGGUAGAUGGUAGCGCUAAGGAGGAGGAAGAGAAGAAGAGAAAUCGUGAGGGGAGUGGUGGUGACGCGGCUGGCAAGGAUGAGGGUUUGUCGGAUGCCCAGCAGCAGUUUUCCGUGAAGGAAACAAACUUUUCGGAGGGAAAUUUAAAACUGAAAAUUGGCCUCCAAGCUAAGAGAACUAAGAAACCCCCUAAAAACCUGGAAAAUUAUGUCUGCCGGCCUGCCAUAAAAACCACUAUCAAGCAGCCCAGGAGGGUGCAGAAGGUUGGGAAGAUGACCGAUGAGAAGAACGACCCUGGCCCUGCAAAGCAAGACCCAUCGAAGCUGUACAAGAAGGGCGGAGAAGCUACAGCAACGGUUGACAGUUCCACAGCUGAGGGCAGGCCGAGGGAGAGCAGCCCAUUUUUGAAGAAACUUUCGCCACUGCAUUCUGAAGUGACGGAUUAUGCAAAGUCUGCACUCUCUGCUCCGGUCGGUAGUCGCGAUCCAGACCCAAAGGACAGAACUCAGAUUAAUGGCGCACCUACAGUGACGGAGAAGUUGGCUCAGCUUAUUGCAACUUGCCCUCCAUCAAAGUCUUCCAAAACGAAGCAGAAGAAGCCACCCAUUGGAAUUGCUUCUGGAUUUGCUAAAGACUCUGGAAAGAAGCUGACAACAGUUGGGGCUGCAACAGUUGGGGCUGCAACUGCUCCGGCUCCAGCUCCCAAGGACUUUGUAAAGAAACAGCCUGCAUGCAGCAGUAUCUGUGUUGCUGUGGGUAACAAGGAGUUUGCAAAGAAGUCACCAGGGACUAGUAACAGCACUGGGCUAAUCAGCAAAGAUGCCGGGGGCAGAAAGCAACCAGUGUCGUGCCCCAGUAUGGCUGGGCUAGUUAGUAAGGACUGUGGGAAGAAGCUACCAGUUCUUGGCUCUCCAAUGGGAUUGGUCAGCAAGGAAAGUGUGAGAAAGCCGCUAUUGACUGGCAUGCCGGUUGGGCUGGUCAGCAAGGAGCCUGGGAAAAGACUACUGGGGACCAGCAGUUCAAUGGGAUUUCUUAACAGGGAUUCUGGGAAAAAGCUAGGCACUGUCUGUCCUCCUGGACUGGUUAAUAAAGAGCCUGGUAAAAAGCUUCCAGUUCCUGCAAGUCCAAUUAGAUUGUUUAAUAAAGAUGCUGGGAAGAAACAUCUGGGGUCAGAUGGCCCAAUCGGAUUGGUUAAUAAGGACUCUGGAAAGAAACUGCCAGGGUUUGGGACUUCAAGUGGAUUGGUCAACAAAGACUCUGGAAAGAAGCUUCUGGGUGCAAGUGGCCCAAUAGGGUUGAUUGCUAAAGACUCUGGAAAGAAGCCCCUGGGGGCUGGCGUUCCGGCUACGUUGACUGCUAAGGACUCUGGGAAGAAAUUGGCAGGGACCAGCAGUCUGUGUGGGUUGGCUAACAAAGACUCUGGGACUCUGAAAGCUGACAUUGCUACCCCUUCCUCAGAGCCCUUCAAGCGGUGUUGUGGUGCAAACAUCCCGCGUCUCGAAGGUCCUGCACCUCCAAGUGUCUUGAAGGACCACAUUAGCAGUAAGCUUUUUGAAAAGCAUGUUGCAAGGCAGAGCAAAGAGAGCAUCCCAGAAAAGUUGCCAGUUCAAAAAGAAGUCUCGGGGGGAGGCAAAGAAGGAGGCUGCAUUCAGCAGGAUAACUCUUCUGCCAGCGAAAGGAGCACUUCUGAAACAUCUCAGCACGAUAAACAACCGCCAGUGUAUUGCACUUCUCCUGACUUCAGGACAGCAGGAGGCGCUUCUGAUAUAUCUACAGCCAAAUCUCCGUUCAGUGCUGUAGGAGAGGGAGGGCUCCCAUCUCCUUCCCCAGCCGCUUCUGUCACUACUUUAACCCGUAGCCCCACAGCAACCUUGGCUCAGUUAGCUUCCAACCCGUUGCAUUUAAAUAACACGCCCGAGCUCUUAGAAGGAAUUUCCGAGCAGAUUAGCAAGACCCCGUUUGCUUCUGACGGCGUGCGAUCAAGUAUGAACAGGCAGUCCAAUCCUGGCUCGCAUGCUUCCAGCAAAGGGCUGGGUAGGGAACUAAGCAGUUCUAAAUCUGCGCACACGGAUGACCCCAAACCGAGUCCCACCUUAGUCAAGAAGCCUACCUUGGUGACUGAAUCAAACCUGCGUGCCGCUAUUGCCCCUUCAGUGGUUAGCUUCUCCAGCUUAUUUAACAACAAGCCCUUUCUAAAGAUUGGUGCCAUGACGGCAUCCGGGAAACCAUGCCCAGGAGUGGAAACCCUGAGCAACAGCAGUGGCGGCCCCCAAACAAAGCCCUUAAAGAAAAGGAAAGGAAGGAAGCCACGCUGGACCAAGGUGGUCUCCAGAAGCAGCUGCCGGCCUCCUAAAGGUCUAGAAUUAGGAAGGCCUGAGCUUUUCAAAAACAUCUCUUGCAGUGCACUGUCAAACAGUAACUUAGACCAGGCCAAGCUCUUUAAAAGCUCAGGCCCGCCUCCCUUUGCGGAGCAUGACUUCGUCAAACGCCAUUUGCCGAAGCUGAGCAAGUCCGGUAGCAUGCAGUCUCUCUCUCUGCUAAGCAGUGUUGAGAAGGAGCCCAACAAAUUUUACAGUGCCCACAUGCAGGCUUCCGUUGGCUGCAUUUCAGAUGAGUUGUUGCCUGAAAUGUACAAGUCCAAGAGGGGGAGGUCAAAAUCCAAAGAGAUGCCCCACCUGGAAGGCCCUCCGAAGCGGACCCUGAAGAUCCCCGCCUCCAAGGUCUUUUCGGUGCAGUCAAAGGAGGAGCAAGAGCCGCCGGUGUUGCACCCAGAGGUCGAAAUCCCCUCUCUUCGGCAGAGCCUCGCAGAGCAAGCUUUCCCAAAGAAGAGAGGUCGGCCAAAAAGACAGAUCAGAUCAGGGAUCAAGAUGACGCCUCCUGUCCUCUCUGUGGCGCCUUUCGUCACUGCAGACAGUUCAGACAAGCUCGAGUCCGAAAGUGACCAGCAGCAGAGCGGGGAUUUCUUCGAAAGGUCAAACCAGCUGGGAGACCCGGAGGAGCUUGGGAAAACAAGUGCCUGCAGCGUGACCGACCUUGAGGCAGAACCAGACCGAAAGGAGACCAAGCGCAACAACGGGCAGUUCAUGAAAACCAUCAUCAGAAAAAUCAACAAGAUGAAGACGUUGAAGCGGAAGAAGCUCUUGAAUCAAAUCCUCUCGUCGACCGUGGCGGAACCAAAUAAAGGGAAAGUGCAAUCAAAGUUCCACACGACGGUGUCGACCUUCGCCGCCACCUUUGGUUCCAGACUAGGCCAGCAGAUUAACGUCAGCAAGAAAGGAACGAUCUACAUAGGAAAGAGGCGAGGCAGAAAGCCCAAAGCGGUCCUGAAUGGCAUCUUGGCUGCCAGUUCUGCCAGCUUGGCUGUUCUUGAGAAGUCUGCCCAGCAGGCCACGGGGACGGCGCUCGGACAAGCGGUGCCCCCUUUGCUGCCUUCGUCCGCUAAUAACCCCGAAGUUCUUCCCUCACCUGUUUGUUCGCAGUCUUCUGGCGUGAGCGGGGGGCAAAGCCCCGUCAGCAGUGACAUAGGCUUUGUGGAACCUAAUUCAGUGCCGUACCUCCACCUCCACUCCAGGCACGGGAGCGUGGUUCAGACCCUGGCUAUGAGAAAGGCUUCCAGAGCCAGGAGGAGACUCUCCCCGCCGACGCUUCUCCCAAACUCCCCGUCCCAUAUGAGUGAGCUCAGCUCAUUGAAGGAAGCCACGCCUUCGCCCAUCAGCGAGUCCCACAGCGACGAAACGAUCCCCAGCGACAGCGGGAUCGGGACGGACAAUAACAGUACUUCCGACAGGGCGGAGAAGUUCUGCGGCCCGAAGAAGCGCCGGCACUCCUUCGACCACGUCUCCCUCGUGCCCCCCGAGACCUCGACCGUCCUGAGCAGCCUCAAGGAGAAGCACAAGCACAAGUGUAAGCGCCGGAACCACGAUUACCUGGCCUACGACAAAAUGAAGCGGCAGAAGCGGAAGAGGAAGAAGAAGUAUCCCCAGCUGCGUGGCAGGCAGGACCCCGAUUUCCUGGCGGAGCUGGAGGAGCUGAUCACGCGCCUGAGCGAGGUCCGGAUCACUCACCGCAGCCACCAUUUCAUCCCCCGGGACUUGCUGCCCACCAUUUUCCGCAUCAAUUUCAACAGCUUCUACACCCACCCCACUUUCCCUUUGGACCCUUUGCACUACAUCCGAAAGCCGGACUUGAAGAAGAAGAGAGGCCGGCCCCCAAAGAUGCGGGAGGCCAUGGCGGAAAUGCCCUUCGUGCAUAGCCUCAGUUUCCCCCUUUCCGGUACGGGGUUCUACCCCUCCUACAGCAUGCCUUAUUCUCCUUCUCCCCUGGCAGCCGCUCCCAUCGGCUUGGGCUAUUACGGGCGGUACCCGCCGACCCUUUACCCCCCUCCGCCGUCCCCUCCGUUUACUGCCCCGCUGCCCCCUCCGUCUUACAUGCAUACCGGCCACUUGCUCCUUAACCCCGCCAAGUACCACAAGAAGAAGCACAAGCUGCUGCGCCAGGAGGCCUUCCUCACGGCCAGCCGGGCGCCCCUCCUCUCCAUGAGCACCUACCACCCCAGCGUCCCACCCGAGGUGGCCUACGGCUGGAUGCUGGAACACAAGCACCGGCACCGCCACAAGCACCGUGAGCAUCGCUCCUCGGAGCAGCCGCAGGUUUCCAUCGACACCUUGGCCCCCAGCGGCCCCUCCCGCACCGUCCUGGAGUCCUUGAAGCGCUACCGGUUCGGGAAGGAGGCAGUCGGCGAGAGGUACAAACAUAAGGAGAAGCACCGGUGCCACAUGGCUUGCCCACACCUGUCCCCUGCAAAAGGCCUGCUAGGCAGGGAGGAGCAGUGGGCCCGGAGGGAGCCGGCGGAGCCCAACUCCCUCGCCCUGGGAUUGCAGACGCCGCUGCAAAUAGACUGUUCAGAGGCUCCGCCCAGCUUGCCCAUGGGGAGGUUCACUCCAAGCUCUGAGCCGGCCAGCAGCGACGAACACACAAACCUUUUUACCAGUGCAAUAGGCAGCUGCCGGGUCGCUGGCUCUGCCAGUACCAGUGGCCGUAAAAAACUGUCUGAUGGCUCGGGACUUUUCGGGCCCCAGGAAGCGUCACUAGGUCGACCCCUCCGAAAGGAGACCUUGCCCCCUAUAGAGAAGACCGUGUCAACCCUGUCAGGGACACUUCCAGCACAGGACAAGCUCUUGCAGAGGUCAACAGAGGGCACGAGCUGCAGCCCUUCCAGGAAGAGGUCUUCAUCUGAGAGCACAUCUUCUACAGUGGUUGGGAUCCCUGUGCGAAGUACGAGGCUAGGGAAUGCGAUGGAAGAUCCUGUGGAUAAUCUAUUGCAGCGCAUGGCUCAACAUGAAAACCAGGGUGCUCUGGACAAAACCCUCGAGACUGUCAUGGCGAACGCCCCUGCUCCCCCUUCGGGCAGCCCCUGUAGAAGCCCCAGCAGGGAGAAGAGCAGUGGGCUCUUGAUCCCAGGUGACUCCGGCAGCGCUGGCAUCUCGCUCCUUUCAAACCGAUUGUCCAGCGGCUACUCUCCACAUCACCUCAAGAGGAGCAUGGUGGAAGCCAUGCAGUGCCAGGCAAGGAAAAUGUGCAAUUACGACAAACUCUUGGCCACGAAGAAAAACCUGGACCACGUGAACAAAAUCCUCAAAGCCAAGAAGCUGCAGAGACAGUCGCGGACGGGCAAUAACUUUGUGAAGCGCAGACCGGGCAGGCCCAGGAAGUACCCUUUGCCGUCGGUUGUUUCGGCGCACGCUCUCCAGGUGAGCCGGUUCGUCAGCCAAGACCUCGACGGCGGGGGACAGAGCUGCCUGCUCCACUGCGGCCCGGACACGGUCACGGAUGCCAUCGAAUCGGUGGUUCAGGGAGUGAAUGUGAAGGGCUGGAAGAGGAAGAGGUGGCUGGAAGAAGAGCAGGCCAGGAAACGGCACAAGCCUCUACCAGAGGACGAGCGAGAGAGCAGCAAAAGCUUUUCUGAGAUCGCAACAGAAUCCCCUACUCCUGAGGAGGCAAUAGCGAAGCCGCGCGAGUUGGAGACCGUGGAGCAGCCCCUGACUCCUCUUGUGCAGCGGGAGAAGAAAGCGCCACGUCCCCCAAAGAAGAAGUACCAGAAGGCAGGGCUGUACUCCGACGUGUACAAAACCACCGACCCCAAAAGCCGACUGAUCCAGUUAAAGAAAGAGAAGCUGGAGUACACCCCUGGAGAACACGAGUACGGAUUGUUCCCGGCACCGAUUCAUGUGGGAAAAUACCUGCGCCAAAAGCGAAUCGACUUCCAGUUGCCUUAUGACAUUCUCUGGCAAUGGAAACAUAAUCAGUUGUAUAAAAAGCCAGACGUCCCGCUUUAUAAAAAAAUCCGUUCGAAUGUUUAUGUGGACGUGAAACCUCUUUCUGGUUACGAGGCCACCACUUGCAACUGCAAGAGACCUGAGGAUGGGAACAAAAAAGGGUGUUUAGACGACUGUCUGAACAGGAUGAUCUUUGCCGAGUGCUCCCCCAACACUUGCCCCUGUGGGGAGCAGUGCUGCAACCAGCGGAUCCAGAGGCACGAAUGGGUGCAGUGCCUGGAGCGCUUCCGGGCCGAGGAGAAAGGCUGGGGAAUCCGUACGAAGGAGUCCCUGAAAGCAGGGCAGUUCAUCAUCGAGUAUUUGGGAGAAGUGGUCAGUGAGCAGGAGUUCAGGAACCGAAUGAUUGAGCAGUACCACAACCACAGCGAUCACUACUGCCUCAACCUCGACAGCGGGAUGGUGAUUGACAGCUAUCGCAUGGGCAACGAGGCCCGCUUCAUCAACCACAGCUGCAAUCCAAACUGCGAGAUGCAGAAAUGGUCGGUCAACGGAGUCUACAGGAUUGGCUUGUACGCGCUGAAGGAUAUGCCUGCCGGCACUGAGCUGACGUACGACUACAACUUCCACUCCUUCAACGUAGAAAAGCAGCAACUCUGCAAAUGCGGCUUCGAGAAGUGCAGGGGAAUCAUCGGCGGCAAAAGCCAGCGAAUGAACGGCCUCCUGAGCAAGACCAGCCAGCCGCUCACUGCCCAGAGGAGGCCGAGUCGGUCCAAAGAGAAGAGGAAAUCGAAGCACAAGUUGAAGAAGAGGAAGGGUCAUGUUCCAGACGAGAGCAGCGAAGGCUCAAGUACCCCAACUCGGUUGACUCCGCAGCUGCAAAUGAAGCCCAUGUCCAACAGGGAAAGGAAUUUUGUGCUAAAACAUCACGUUUUCCUGGUGCGCAAUUGGGAGAAGAUCCGGCAGAAGCAAGAGGAAGUCAAGCAUGCCAGCGACAACCUUCACUCUGCCUCGUUAUACACCCGCUGGAAUGGGAUGUGCCGGGACGAUGGCAACAUAAAAUCAGAUGUCUUCAUGACACAGUUCUCCGCCCUGCAGACGGCCCGCUCGGUGCGGACGCGGCGGCUGGCGGCGGCCGAAGAGAACAUUGAGGUGGCGCGGGCAGCGCGUCUUGCGCAAAUCUUCAAGGAGAUCUGCGACGGCAUCAUCUCGUACAAAGAUUCCUCCAGGCAAGCCCUUGCGGCUCCUUUGCUGAAUCUUCCUCCAAAGAAAAAAAACGCAGAUUACUACGAGAAGAUCUCUGACCCCCUCGACCUCGCCACCAUCGAGAAGCAGAUCCUGACGGGCUAUUACAAAACGGUGGAAGCGUUUGACGGCGACAUGCUGAAGGUCUUCCGCAAUGCCGAGAAAUACUACGGCCGGAAGUCUCCGAUUGGAAGGGACGUCUGCCGGCUGCGGAAGGCAUACUACCACGCCCGCCACGAGGCCGCCGCUCAGAUCGACGAGAUCGUGGGGGAGACGGCGAGCGAGGCCGACAGCAGCGAGACCUCCCUGUGCGAGAAGGAGAGCGGGCACGAGAAGGACGAGGACGUGAUCCGCUGCAUCUGCGGCUUGUACAAAGAUGAGGGGCUCAUGAUCCAAUGCGACAAGUGCAUGGUUUGGCAGCACUGUGACUGCAUGGGACUGAACUCCGACGUCGAGCACUACUUGUGCGAGCAGUGCGACCCUCGCACGGUGGAUAGGGAGGUGCCUAUGAUUCCCCGCCCUCAUUAUGCCCAGUCUGGCUGCGUUUAUUUCAUCUGCCUGUUACGGGAUGAUCUGUUGCUACGCCAAGGUGACUGUGUGUAUCUGAUGAGAGACAGCCGAAGGACUCCGGAUGGCCACCCCGUCCGGCAGUCGUACCGCCUGCUGUCCCACAUCAACCGAGAGAGACUUGACAUCUUCCGUAUUGAAAAGCUCUGGAAAAACGAGAAGGAGGAACGCUUUGCCUUCGGCCAUCACUACUUCCGUCCACAUGAAACGCACCACUCCCCCUCCCGGAAGUUCUACCACAACGAGCUUUUCCGGGUGCCGUUGUACGAGAUCAUCCCCUUGGAGGCCGUGGUGGGGACGUGUUGCGUGCUGGAUCUCUACACCUAUUGCAAAGGAAGGCCAAAGGGGGCGAAGGAACAGGACGUGUACAUCUGCGAUUACCGCCUCGACAAAUCAGCUCACCUCUUCUACAAGAUCCACCGAAAUCGCUAUCCGGUGUGCACCAAAUCCUACGCUUUUGACCACUUCCCCAAAAGGCUGACGCCGAAGAGAGACUUCUCGCCUCAUUACGUCCCAGACAACUACAAGAGGAAUGGAGGCAGGUCGUCUUGGAAGUCUGACCGUUCCAAGUCCCAGAACAAAGACCUCAGCCAGGAGGAGGACCCUCUACCCCUCAUGGAGGAGGUGAUUGUUAGUCAAGAUCAGCCCUCCAGCGAGCCGGCGCCCAGCCUGGAGGAACCUGAGAAAGAGGCGCCUCCCCAGGAAAGUGGCGAGGUGGAUAAAAAGGUGGAGGAGAGCAACCCCGUCCCACGGCGGCCGUGCACCCCAGAGGAACGCCGGCACAUGCAGCGCGAGCGGCUCAACCAGAUCCUCCUCACCCUCCUAGAGAAAAUCCCAGGGAAAAACGCCAUCGAUGUCACCUACCUGCUCGAGGAAGGUUCCGGGAGGAAGCUGCGGCGACGCACCCUGGCCCUCGCGGAGAGCAGCUUCCGGAAGUGACGCUGCGGCCCGGGGAGAAGCUGCGGCCUGGAGGUUCCGCACGCGGGACGGACGGUCAAGGCGUGGACGCUUUUCUGCGCCUCACGUGCGUGUACGUUGGGGCAGAGCCAGGAGGGCAGAAGGAAACUGACAGAACGGUUCCGUAGCACUUAAGACGUUGGGCCGGGUGGGCAAGCAAGCAGCCCCCGCCCGGCAGUGCUCUUCACGAUGCGCGUGGCGUUGGGCGUGCCUUGUUGUCAAUGUUAAGGUACUAAGGAGAAACCUUUUGUGGUUA